AUGGCGCCAUAUCUAGGAUCUGACAAUAGUCACCAUCAAAUCGCCACGCACGCCAACACAUUGCUGGCGGGAACCACGGCAGCAUUAGAACAAUUACUCACCAAGGCGAAAGACAACCUGCCCAAAGAGUCGCUGCCACACAUCGCUAAUAUCAAGUUCUCGACGGCAAACACCGGAAGCCCAUACUUUCCCAGCCCACUGAAGCAAACAGAGGCCAUCUCUGCCCUCAAGGCGGUUGAAGCAGGAGUUGCAUCUGCCAUCGCCGAUCUACAAGAUGCUCAGAAGCCACGGGGUAUCGCUGUCGAUCUUGAAAGAGCCACAGCAUUCUUAUUCUCUACCUAUCUAGCCACAGUGGGCGGGUUCGAUAAAUCGGACCCAAGGGCUAAGAAGUUACUUAAAGACACCGAUUUGCUUCAAGCACAAUCUAUCCUGUACCGCAGACUAUCCGCAAACCUCUACCAGACCAAGAACCCAGGGGAAUACUUUCAUCUUCAUGGAUCUCUUGAGGCAACCAAAGCGCUGAACAUGAUCGGCCUCGAAGGAUCUCGGCCUGAUCUGACAGACUACCAUGAAUGCAUCAAGGUCAUCGAGGAUCACGUCAGCCGAUACACUGUCGAUCAACUCGAAGAGAUGAAUAAAGAGAUUGGGCAAGCUGGUGUGACAUGCCUGAAGUGGGAAGAUUUCCAAAGGACCCCACACGGACGUACACUUCUUCAGCAACCGCCUUGGAAGGUGGAAACUCUCGAAAGCGAAACUCCCGCGGCUCCUUUUCCGUUCAAGUCAUCAAACACGCCCAAACCACAGAUUCUUGCCGGUAUCCGCGUUCUUGAACUGUGCCGGAUCAUUGCCGGGCCCGCUAUGGGUCGGGGGCUCGCCGAAUACGGUGCUGAGGUCAUCAAGGUCACAUCGCCGAACCUCUCCGACGUACCUUUCUUCCAAGUGGAUGCAAACAUCGGCAAGCAUACCACCGACCUGAAUUUGAAGGACCCAAGAGACCGUCAGACCUUUGAGGAGCUUUUGCAAUCGGCAGAUGUAAUUUUGGAUGGCUAUCGGCCCGGAAGUCUAAAUCGUCUCGGAUAUGGGCCCGAGCAGCUCCUUCGUCUUGCCAGAAAGCGCGGCAAAGGCUUUGUCUACGUUGCCGAGAAUUGUUUCGGUCACACUGGGCCAUGGUCCUCACGUCCAGGCUGGCAGCAAAUUGCAGACUGCGUGACGGGUGUGGCAUGGGCGCAGGGUCAAGCAAUGGGAUUGAGUGAGCCUGUUGUACCACCUUUCCCUAUGAGUGAUUAUGGAACAGGAUGCAUGGGCACCAUCGCUGCACUAGUUGGACUCCACAGACGAGCAAAGGUUGGUGGAAGUUACCUAGGUACCACGUCGUUGGUUCAGUACGAUAUCUACCUACUCCAACUUGGACUCUACGACGACCGUAUGAUGGCGGAGCUACGCAAAGAACAUGACCAGGAGUUCUUUCAGUUGCGACAUCACGAUUCGGUAGAUGAAGUGGGAAAGAGAGCAUUGAAGACGAUGAGACGAACGCAUCCAGAGCUCUUUGAAGACCGACACAUGCAGGAGUGUUACAGCAAGGGAUUCAACGCCAAUGUCAGGACUAUCCGACCCGUGGUCAGCGUUGAAGGUUACUGGAACGGCUUCCUACGCAGCUCUCGUCCCAACGGGUUCGAUAAGCCUACUUGGGAAGAUUGGGAGAUUGAUGAAGCCUUACUACGGACUUGA